GCGGUUUAUCUGCGCUUGUAACAGUUUUGAAGAAGGAUAUUGGAUUCCUCCCCCACUCUCAUUUCUUUACAGAGAUUAAUUUUUUUCAAUAUAUUUAUUUUAUCUUAUUUUUUUACAUGCAUACUUUCCUACAGACCCUUGGCUGCUCGGAGGACAACACAGACUCGUGUGAUAUGACAUUAUCUCAAUAAAUAGAGAAGACGUCAACAUGGAGCUGUGGCGAGUCGUUGUGAUGUGUGUGAUGUUCUGCUGGAGGCUGCAGACAUCAUCAUCUCAAACACAUGAAGAGGUGUGUCCCGGUACGCAGAACGGCCUGAGCUCCACGGGCUCUCAGGAGAAUCAGUACAACCUGAUCAAGGACCGGUAUGACGGCUGUGAGAUCAUCAUGGGAAACCUGGAGAUCACUCAGAUAGAGAGUAACUGGGAUUUCUCCUUCCUCAAGACAAUCCGCGAGGUGACCGGCUACAUCCUCAUUGUCAUGAACCACUUUCAGGAGAUUCCUCUGGGGCAACUACGAAUCAUCCGGGGAAACAGCCUCUACGAAAGACGCUUUGCCCUCUCGGUUUUCUUCAACUACCCCAAGGACGGCUCCAGUGGCCUGCGGCAGCUGGGGCUCGCGAACCUGACAGAGAUUCUGGAGGGAGGAGUGCAGAUCAUUAACAACAAGUACCUGAGUUACGGCCCCUGGAUCUUCUGGCAGGACAUCAUCAGGGACGGCGGUGCUCCCAUCGACGUCCAGCACAAUGGAGAGAGAGGCCCAUGCCACAAAUCGUGUGGAGAUUACUGCUGGGGGCCAAAUGAGGGCCAAUGUCAGAUCUUGACGAAGACGGUGUGCGCUCCGCAGUGCAAUGGCCGCUGUUUCGGGACGAGCCCCAGGGACUGCUGUCACAUAGAGUGUGCAGCAGGAUGUAAAGGCCCGCUGGACGUCGACUGUUUCGCAUGUCGUCAUUUCAACGACUCCGGAGCCUGUGUGCCUCAGUGCCCCAAGACUCUGAUCUAUAACAAGCAGACGUUUAAUAUGGAGACCAACCCUAAUGCAAAGUAUCAGUACGGAUCCAUCUGCGUCUCCCAGUGCCCCAAGAAUUUUGUGGUGAGCGGUAGCUCCUGCGUGAGCGUCUGUCCUCCAGACAAGAUGGAGGUGGAAAAAGAAGGCCAGAGGCAGUGUGAGCGCUGCAAUGGACUCUGCCCUAAAGUGUGUGAAGGAACAGGUGCUGAACACAGACAGACCGUGGACGCCAGCAACAUAGACAGCUUCAUCAACUGCACCAAGAUCCAGGGCAGUCUUCACUUCCUGGUCACGGGGAUUCUUGGAGACGACUUUAAAAAGAUCCCGCCCUUGGAUGCGAAAAAACUGGAAGUGUUCCGCACCGUCAGAGAAAUAACAGAUAUUCUAAACAUCCAGUCGUGGCCCAAAGAGCUGAAUGAUCUGUCCGUUUUUUCCAGUCUCGCUACCAUUCAGGGGAGGUCGCUCUAUAAACGUUUUUCUCUAAUGGUGAUGCACAUCCCCACUCUGACCUCACUGGGCCUGCGCUCCCUGCGGGAGAUCAGUGACGGCAGCGUUUACAUCAGUCAGAACCUCAACCUCUGUUACCACCACACUGUAAACUGGACGCAGCUGUUCAGAGGCCGCAAAGUUCGAGUCGACAACCUCAGCAACAACAGGCCGCUGGCAGAGUGUGUUGCAGAAGGUCACGUGUGUGACCCGCUAUGCUCGGACUCAGGCUGCUGGGGCCCGGGGCCCGACCAGUGUCUCUCCUGCAGGGACUACAGCCGAGACGGCACAUGUUUGGGCAGCUGUAAUUUUUUCACAGGAGCUCCCAGGGAAUUUGCGGGGCCUGAUGGUGAGUGUGUUGCCUGUCAUCCAGAAUGUAAACCUCAGCAUGGGAAAGACAGCUGUACUGGACCGGGUACAGAUCAAUGUGUGGGAUGUGCGAACCUCCGAGAUGGUCCGUACUGCAUGUCCUCUUGUCCCACUGGAGUAAAUGAUGGACAGAAGGGGCUGAUCUUCAAAUACCCCAACAGGGAGGGUCACUGUGAACCGUGUCACCACAACUGUACACAGGGAUGCUCAGGACCAGGAUUAAAUGACUGUUUGGAGACAGGCAGACUGGCAGCCAGCAGUGGUCAGAUCACAGGUAUAGCUCUGGGUGUGCCGGCCGGCUUGAUUUUCUGCCUGGUGUUGUUUUUCCUGGGCGUGCUGUACAACCGAGGGCUGGCUAUCCAACGCAAGAGAGCAAUGCGGAGGUACCUGGAGAGUGGAGAGAGCUUUGAGCCUCUGGGUCCCGGGGAGAAAGGCACCAAGGUUCAUGCCCGCAUUUUGAGGCCGUCAGAGUUAAAGAAAAUCAAAGCCCUUGGCUCUGGAGUUUUUGGAACAAUGCACAAGGGAUUUUGGACUCCAGAGGGAGAGUCAGUGAAGAUCCCUGUCGCCAUUAAGACCCUCCAGGACAGCUCAGGCCGACAGACCUUCACCGAGAUCACUGAUCAUAUGCUGUCCAUGGGCAGCCUGGACCACCCCUACAUCGUCAGGCUGCUGGGCAUCUGUCCAGGCGCCAGUCUGCAACUGUUGACCCAGCUCAUUUCACAGGGGUCCUUACUGGAGCACAUCAGGCAGCACAAGAACAGCCUGGACCCCCAGCGUCUGCUCAACUGGUGUGUGCAGAUAGCUAAAGGUAUGUACUACCUGGAGGAACACUGCAUGGUCCACAGGAACCUGGCUGCCCGCAACAUCCUGCUGAAAAAUGACUACCAGGUCCAGAUCUCUGACUACGGCGUGGCCGACCUCCUUUAUCCUGAUGACAAGAAAUACAUCUACACAGACACCAAGACACCCAUAAAAUGGAUGGCACUUGAAAGUAUCUUGUUUCGAAGAUACACUCAUCAAAGUGAUGUUUGGAGUUAUGGGGUGACAGUGUGGGAGAUGAUGUCAUUUGGGGCGGAGCCGUAUGCCUACGUGCAGCCUCAGGAAGUGCCAAGUCUGCUGGAGAAGGGCGAACGUCUGUCUCAGCCGCACAUCUGUACCAUAGACGUCUACAUGGUCAUGGUCAAAUGUUGGAUGAUUGAUGAAAAUAUAAGGCCGACUUUCAAAGAGCUGGCCAGUGACUUUACUCGUAUGGCGAGAGACCCACCGAGAUACCUCGUCAUCAAGCUGGAAGGAGAAGAAGCAGCCUCGGCAGAAAUCCAUCGCAGAGAAUCAGAGCGAGGACUUUUGGAUGCAGAGUUUGAAGACCGCGAUGAGGCCGGAUUGGAGGACGGUUUGGCUACUCCUCCUCUCCAACACUCUCCAUCUUGGAGUCUGUCCCGGUCACGGAUUAAUUCAGACAGGAGCGGCACCUCUCAGGCUGGACCUAUUGGAUACCUGCCAAUGACCCCCAGCCCCGUAGACAGCAUCCGCCAGCUGUGGUUUCAGAGGUCUCGGCUGAGCUCAGUGCGGACCCUGCCCGACAGGUCAGAGGUCGGGAGGAGUGGCAGAGAGGCAGAGCCGCGUGAGGAAGGUUUGCAGCAUGGGAGUCUUCACAGGGCCAGAUUUGGCUCAGAGAGGGGUCAUCCUCGUAUAUCCAUCAGCCGGCACAGGAAGCUUUCAACAGCAUCAAGUCCGUCCUCAUACAAGGUGUGGACGGCAGAGGAAGAGGAGGAGGUGGACCACUAUGGCUACGUCCUGCCAGGGUCACCUGACACUCCAGAGAGAGUCCCUAAAGUCUCUCGUUCUGGCCGAAGAAACUCGAGACCGAAGAAUAAUCUGUCGCUCGUUGUGAUAAAUCCUUCCCAGGAGUAUGAAAUCAUGAGCAAAGAGUCUCCCCCUUGCUCAGCCAGAGGUGUUUCAUCUCAGGCAGCUGCCCCUUCGGUGGCACUUUGUAGUAAAACCUCACCUUUACCUUCUCCGACCUUCAUGGCUUCGUUCCCUGUAGAGCUCACAGCAGAUGUGGAAACACUGACGGCUGUAAAGAAGAAGAGGAGUAAAGAUGAUGAUUGUGAGGGAAAUGCAGCAGAGCAAGGAGACUCCGCAGAGAAGAAUCAGCUACCUGGGGACUCGGAGAGAGAAAUUGGACCUGUGGAAGUGCAAGAAGAGGCGGCCCCAGGAAGAGGUAGGUAUGAAUACAUGGAUAUCAGGCGCUCUGACUCCACGGAGGGGCAAGAUUCAGCAGAGACACAGGAAGCAGACCAAAUAGUGGAAGUGUUGAAAAAGGAGUAUAGGGAGGAAGAGGAAAAGGAAGAGGAGAGGUGCAACAACACAAAUAAACAACUCACACAUCAGGAGGAUCCGAGCGGCACGGCCAUGCCCAUGCCAGAUGUGCUCACAGCUGGGGGAGAAAUGGUGGAGGAGUAUGAGGAGAUGACCAGAUUUGGAGUGGUGCCCGGUGGGUGGGAGCAGGCGGACUACCAGAACCUCCCAUUGAAGGGAAGAGCUGUUUCCGAGGAGGUUGGCGGUGGCAGGUGUGCGGGGAUUGGGGGAUACAUCAAGGUGUGUGCCGGCAUGGGGGAGCCGGGCAGCAACACAUCCUUUGACAACCCAGACUACUGGCACAGCAGACUGUUCCUCCAGCCAGACGCCGUACGCACCUAAUAAUGUGGAUUGGGACAGAAACAUAGUGAUUUUUGCAGUUAAUUUAGUUCCUGUCAUAAAUCUUGGUAGUUUUGUAAUAUGUUUCAGGUUUUCUCUGAUUCCCACAAACAACAAACAUUGAAAGAUUUAAAAAAAAAAGUAUAAAAUGUAUUCUCAUUUCGCAGUUUUAUGGUGCAGUUAAUAAAUGUUUAUGAACCGUGAACUGUGAAAGAACACAAAAAUAAAGGUUAUAGUAAAUCUGUUUUUUGCAGAUUAGAUGAAUAAGGAGUACAAGCUUCACUGUUACAACAACUGUGUGAUUGUUGUGUUUUUAUACAGUUUGUGAAAAAUAUGAUUUUUUGCAGUGAUCCUGUCAUUUGUGUAAUUGAUUUGUGUAAAGCCUUUUCUUUUUAAAAUUUUCUUGCAACGCAUUUAAAAUAAAUAAAACAAUAAAAUAUC